GACAUUAUCCACGAUCCUGGACGUGGUGCCCCUCUGGCCAUCAUUGCUUUGCGCGAUCCAUGCAAAUAUAAGACCGUAAAGAACACCGUUAUUGCUGCUGAAGGGAUGUACAUAGGACAGUUUGUGUAUGCGGCUCGAAAGCUAGCAUUCAAGUUGGAAAGAUCGUACCUGUUGGAAGCCUCCCAGAAGGAAUUACCAUCUAAAAUGUUGCAGGAAAAUGUGAUGACAGAGAAAGCUGACAAAAUGCUCUGGUAA